GGUUCCAUGCGCUCUCUGCAGAUGUGACACCAUCCAAGCCUCAGCGCAGAUUCCGGUCGUUCCUCUUCGCUACGCGGCUGCUGUUGGUUUGGCUCCUUCAUGUGGUGGACUUCACGACGGACGUGUGGGUGGCCGCACUCCUGCACCAGGAAGGACGGCACGGCCUUUUUGCAGCCUCGCUGACCUUCUUGAUCUUGCCGACAUUGCUGCGCUGGUGCAUGAGCAGCUUCACCAUGAAUCCCUGCACACCAGAUUUCCUCGGACUUCGCGAGGAGAAUCCGCCCAUGUGCCCCCGCUUUGCUUACAUCCCAAUUCUGGGGGAGCUGGCGGUCAUUGCAGACACCAUCAAAGGUCAGUGGAAUUGCGCGCAGCCAAGCCUCAGGGACAAGAAGGAUCCCGGAGAGGUCCUGGUGUAUCUGCGGCUCAUGGAAGCCACUUUUGAAGCGACGCCGCAGGCCAUCAUCCAAGGUCUCGUUCUGUACGAGGAGUUGUCGAUGGAUGCGCCGAUUCUGUACAUACAGUGGCAGUCCUUUCUGCUUUCCUUCGUGGCGAUUGCAAUUGGGCUGUCGAGCGUUUCCGUGCACAGGCUAUCCCGGCGACAUGAAGAGGAGCAGAAGCACAUGCGACGGAAGCGGUUUGACGACGGCAAGGGGAUGAUCAUGGGCACCAUCGGCCGACUGUGCCUUACCGUAUACCUGGGUUCAGACAUCUUCUUGCGGAUGAAUGCGAUCGCAACCCUCCUCUAUAGCCCGUAUGCAGUGUGGUUUGUGGUCUAUGCUGGUACAGCGUAUGCUGGACUUCCAUGUCUCGUGGUUGCUGGAACCUUGAUCGGCAUGAUGUUCUUCGAAAAGGACAAGUUUGAAGGGAAGGUGUCGUGUUGCGCUCACAUUGGCAUUGUCACCGUCAUGUACACAGGCACGCUCCUGACAGCGGCUUGUGCAUUUUUAAUCCCUCUGGACGUGGCUCUCUGCUGGCAGUCUCCGCCCUUCUCUUGGCUACGUCUUGCAGAACACCUUGCCAUGAGCAUCAUCAGCUUCGUCAUCGGGGCUCCUCUGACUUGGGUGCCUUUGCUGCUCUGGUUCCUCUCCGCCUCGACGAUUGUUCCGUCUGGCUUAUUCCUGGAGCUUUACAAGCUGCCUUGCAGCUUAGAUGCUUCGGCUUGCCUUCGUCUGCUGCAGAGAUGCCUGCGCAGUGUUUUCGACCUCUGUCCCCGGACCUCUGUCCGAGUGCAGCCGGCGAGGGAGAAGAUGGGGCUUGGCUUGGCCAAAGAAGCCGAGGAGCCAAGGUCGGAGUGGGAGGCGAAGGUUUCUGAGUUGGCCAUGCGGAGCUUCACUGUGGGUCAUCUGCUAGAGUUCUGCGAUGCGCUGGCCACCCGCUCCCUAAUGCCACACUUCGACGCCUCGCGAAGCACCACCAACGAUGUGGUGCGACAGGCGAUCAUCCCCCUGAGCCGUCUCGAUGGGCCCUGGCACACCAUCCGAGGAGGAGACAGUCACGCUGUGAACGAACUGGGACGCGCCCUGGCCUCCUGCAUGGAAGCUGAGGCCAAGGAAGCCGAGGUCAUGAUCACCCACAACUGGGACAACCUCUUUUCGCAUCUGGUGGCAGCAACCGUUGCAGCUGCGCUGGGUCAUUGCACCUUCGAGCAGGUUCUGCGGGUGAUGGAAAACACCCGGGGCAUCCAGGCUCUGAAGAAUCGGUGUAUCGAGGCGAAGUGCUCAGAUCUUCGCAUCUGGAUUUGUGCUUUCUCCAUCAAUCAGCACGCAAGCAUUUGCAGCGGAUUCGGCCCAGAACCUCCUGCCCACACACCGGAGCACGCGGUCUACGACAGGAAGCGACGCGACACAGUGACCACACAGAUCUACUCCACCUGCAAGUGUCGAACUCCGAAGUAUUUCAACAACACCAGGGAUCUUUGCGAGCUGAACAAGUUCGACGCGAUGAUGCGGCAUCUGGCUGCGAAGCAGGCCUCGUUCCAGCAAGUCGUGGCGGUGGAUCAGCACCUACAGCUAUUCCAGAGGGCUUGGUGCGUGGCCGAGCUGGUCGAAGCCAGGGCUCUGCAGAUCCAUCGAUCCCUCGUGGUUCUGAGCAAGGACUGCGUUUCCCGCAAGAAGACGGAGUUGCUCAAACAGAUCAGGGUGCAGGACUGCAAAGCAUCAAGACCAGAAGACGUGGAGGAGAUCUUGUCCAAGAUUGUGGAUAAGGAGAGGUUCAACCGAGAGCUCCAAGAUGCCCUCUUCAAGGAUGCAGACAGCUUAUUCCGAGACUUCUAUCGGAACUCAAAGGCCUUCGCACAGGCAGAUCUGCAAGUUGCGGCAAUGGACGUUUUGGCGACGUGA